AUGGAAAGAAACACGGCUGUUAGCUUCUUACUGCUCUUCUUAUGUGGGGGGCUCUCGGUGUCUGUGGAGCAAAUGCUUGCAACAGUGGAUGGCAGUUCACAUGUGUUUUCAGAUCAAGAUACUCUGCAAAAUACUGGUCGACACUAUGGUGGUGGUGUGAAGCCAAAAUUCAGUGUAAAUCAAGUAGCAAUUACACAGGUUGUCAGCUACAACUUGAGCAGGAAAGGACAGCUAGAAAGAGCAUCCUGGAGGCCGUUCACUCACAGCCACUACAGCCCUCUUAACGUCACAGUUAAUGGCACACCCUGCAUUCUCUUCUGGGCCAAGAGGAUCAUGAUUAAGUUUGAAAACCACACGCAACUGGAUUUGACUGAGAAGACAUUUGGUGUCCAUGCAACAGUGGAUGUUGGAGAUUCAAACUGCAGUGAAGACAAUGCAAUGCUUUCUCUGAAGUUUGGAGAUAUUGGCAAUCUAAAGGGACUUGUUAUUAGAUUCUUACUAACAACCAGCUAUUACCAGCUGUCUGUUCAGAACUGGUUCAGUGUACACAGACUGCAGCUUCUUUACAACCACUCCGUACUGGCGACAUUUAAUGCAACCAGAAUAUAUGCGCCGGCAAGUUACUCCUUCCACUGUGAACAUGUGAGCAGCUUGCAGAGAUAUGAUGCACUCCUGAUACCCAGCUCUGCAAAUGAUGUUUCAAAGCUUUGGGAAGUCACUUUUAUUGAUUUCCAGAUUCAAGGCUUUAACAUUCAAGAAGGACAUUUUGCCUAUGCAAAAGAUUGUGCAUCUUUUUUCUCUCCAGCAAUUCUUAUGGGAUUGGUUAUGUCACUGAUUCUGCUGCUGGUUCUUGCCUAUGCUCUUCAUAUGUUGAUUCACCUCAAAUCUCUUGAUAGGCACUAUGAAUGCAAAGCUUCUCCUGCCUAUUUUGUACAAAUGAAAGACAAUGACAUGGGGGAUGAGAAAGAGCCGCUGAGAAGCAAUGGAAAUGAGUCCUGUGAACUUAGAAACCAACAGCUCUGUAAAAUCUAUAUUUAG